AUUACCCCUUUUCAUCCCCUUUCAGAGACACUUAUUUCUCUCUCUGUGGAUAUAUGCUAGCAGCCAAUAUAUAUAUAUAUAUAUAGGGUCUGGAAAAUAAGUUUCAAUUCAAUUCAACAGUGUUUGAAGGAUAAGAUUAAGAAGUCACAAUUGAAAGGAAAAUAACUUGCAUCUGAGCAAUCUUGAAUCUGCUUUUUGACAUUUAGUUAUGGAAGAGGAUUCUAGAAUGGAUGUUGAAGAGAAAUUAAGUGCAGAUACAUGGACAAAUUCUUAUUCCUCCGGUAAUGAAUUGCCAAAAAAAGUUCCUCUGGAUUACCAAUCUUUCUCCAACUUCAAUUUGCAGCAAGAUCAGCAGAAGUGGGAAGUUCCUUCUAUUCUAGAUUUUGACCCACAAUUCCCUGAAUUCAAGCAGCCUUUUGAUAACCAUUCUUCAAAUAAUCAAACCAAAAUCCCGGAUCAGCAAGAUAGUGAGAUGAAUGAGACACGUGACGGUAGUAGAAUCCAAGAUUGGGAUCCGAGAAUGAUGCUGAACAAUCUCUCUUUCCUGGAACAGAAGAUCCACCAACUCCAGGAUUUGGUGCAUGUAAUUGUUGGUCGGAGAGGUCAAGUUGUCAGUCCAUCGGAUGAGCUUGUAGCUCAGCAACAGCAACUCAUCACGGCUGAUCUCACUUCAAUUAUUGUUCAACUGAUCUCAACUGCAGGUAGUCUUCUCCCCUCUGUGACGCAUACUCUCUCUUCGAUGAAUCCUCCUAUCUCUCAGCUCGGGCAGCUUGGUGGAGUCAUAUUUCCUUCCGGGACAGGUUUGAAUGGUAGUAAUUUGCCCCAAAACAAAAGUGGAAGCAAGGUUUCGGAUCAGUCCAACCAGGUUGAGAUAACGGGUAACUGCAGGACGAAAGAAAGCUUCCCUCUUGAAGAACACGAAUUGAAAGAUGAAGAAGAUGCUGACGAAGAGAACCUCCCACCCGGUUCCUAUGAAAUCUUGCAACUAGAGAAAGAAGAAAUCCUUGCACCUCACACCCACUUCUGCAUGAUAUGUGGGAAGGGUUUCAAGAGAGAUGCAAAUUUACGGAUGCACAUGAGAGGACAUGGGGAUGAGUACAAGACUCCAGCUGCACUUGCCAAACCCAAUAAGGAAGCGAGCUCAGAGCAAAUGCCCACCAAGAGGUAUUCCUGCCCUUAUGCAGGUUGCAAGCGGAACAAAGAUCAUAAGAAGUUUCAGCCUCUGAAGACCAUCUUAUGUGUGAAAAACCAUUACAAACGAACCCAUUGUGACAAAAGCUAUACUUGCAGUAGAUGCAAUACCAAGAAAUUCUCCGUUAUUGCAGAUCUUAAAACGCAUGAGAAGCAUUGCGGUAGGGAUAAAUGGCUUUGUUCCUGUGGAACAACUUUCUCAAGAAAAGACAAGCUUUUCGGACAUAUUGCUCUCUUCCAAGGUCACACUCCUGCCAUUCCUCUCGAGGACACUAAAGGAUCAGCAGCAGCUGGGCCAUCGGAUCAAGGAGAAAGCAACGAAACAACGAAUAAGGUUGGAAAUAUAGGGUUCAGCUUGGGCUCAAGUGCUUUUAGUGGAAGUGAGAUUCAGAAUGCUGUGGACGUGAAAGGGGGUGUUGAUGAUCCUACUGGUUUCUUCUCCCCUUUGAACUUCGGUACGAAUAAUCUUAGUGGCUUUCAUGAAUUCCCUCGACCACCAUUUGAAGAUUCAGAAAGUUCGUUCUCUUUUCUAAUUUCUGGGUCUUGCAAUUACCCUAGAAAAAAUGGAGGUGAGUCAGGUUCGAAUGAUCUAUAGUGAUGGUGAAAUGGCUUGCACCUGGGUGCCCGGGUUCAAUUGUUUCUCACUGACAUUGGUAUUUGUAGGAUGCAACUCCAUGUACCUAUAAUUUAUUGACUUUAAAUAAAUGUGUUUUUCUCUAA